ACACACAGAAGCACGACUCUCGCUCCUCAAACUCAUCAUGCUCAUGAUCAUCUUCUUCGGACUCCGCAACGAUCCUUCACACCUGUAUUGCAAUCGCCCCGCACUGCCGAGCAUCUUGCUGCGGCCCGUGGCACGUCCUCGUCCAGCUUGUUUUGCUCGCCAGGUCUGCUCCUCACGCCGAGGGGCAUUGCUACAGGAAGUCGUGGGAGUUCGAGCGCGUCUACAGGACGUGGCGAAAUACCAUCUUCAGUAUCGCAGAUCACGACGCCUCGGCCUCUCGUUGUAGGCAGCAAUUCUACACCUGGAUUGUCAUCUCCUGCUCCAACAGCUGCUGUUGCUGGUCGCUACGCAACGUCCCAUACGAAUGCGACAGCGAGCAACCUGAGGGGCCAGAAUAGAAUCACUGCUUCUCGUCCUCCUUCCAAUAAUGCAUCUCCUGCACCUCCCGGGCUAAAAACAACUCCAACUCCUUCAUCAUCCGGUGCAGCUGGUAUUGAUACCUCUUCUUCUAACAUUCCGAUUCUUGCCUCUAGUGCUGCGUCAGCCUCGUCCGUGCCUUCACGUUUGGUCGCGCCUUCACCUCCGGCAGGUGUAGGUCAAAAUCCCCCUCAUCCUCGCACAGCACCUUCAGUUUCAGGGACUACAACUUCCCUUCUUAGCGUUCCACCUUCGUGUAAAUUAGGCCGAGGACCAGUUCCGCUUUCACCCAGGCUGCAUGUGCUUGCAAUGUCCCCGCGAGAAUACUCACUGGGCUUAACGCCACCUGCUUUGGAGUUCACACCACGAUUGAGCGCCGCAGCGUCUCCGGCUGUCACCGCGACCUGUAAGCUAGCAGCCAAAGGACCAGAUGAACAGACGAAAGCUACGCUCCAAAAUAUUGAAAAAAAGUUGUCGUGCCCCAUGAGAAGGGAUGGAAGCAGAAAAGACAUCACGACUACUUGGACCCCGACAGUCGUGAGCCAGAGAGAACCACAGAACUCCCAAAUCACGGGUCGGACCGAUGGAGAUCCUACGACUACUAGUACUAACGAGCUCCUACGGACGACAGUUACACGAACUGUGAUCGCACCUCCCUCUUCAGCGUCUCUACAAAGCGCACCACAUUCCUCAUCAGGUGGAAGCUUCUUCACGCGAUCUUCACAGUUGCGUAAUGAUCCAAGUACUGGCAUCCCUCUCCCUCGUCCUGGGGGAAAUUCUAUUUGUUCAUCCUCUACCGGUACCAUAGUUUGUACUCCGCCAAGUAGAGACCUUUUUCUGAGGCAGCAUGUUACAGGGUCGUUGAAGAUGGCAACAGGACCAGGCUCGACAGAUGCGCCAGGAGUAAGACCUGCGACUGCGAUCCAUACUCCGGGUAGUACCACGACCAUAGGUGUAGUUGGAGUGCCUCGUUCGUGCUCAGUACCGGGAUUGGUCGCGACAUCUCCAUCUGCCCAGCUGACCGAGUCGGGGUCGUGCACGUUCCUCUCUCCGUUCCCUACCCCGCGUUUCGGCAGAGACUCGUAAGGCGACGGCCGUCCGUGGAUUUUUGUACCGUAG